GAGAAGAACAUGGGAGCUCACUCUGUUUUUCUCAUCCUUUUUGGCGUCAUUGCCAUUGCCAUUGUGGUUCAUGGCCAAGGCCAAGCAGGCUUCAUCAGCAUAGAUUGUGGGUCACCCCCAAAUAUCAACUAUGUAGACACUGAUACUGGUAUCAGCUACACAUGGGAUGCACCUUACAUAAACACUGGAGUAAAUGUGAACGUCUCUGAAGAAUAUGGUUACCCAGCAAACCCGGUCUUGCCGUUCCCGCUCGCUGAUGUCAGAUUUUUCCCUCAAGGAAACAGGAACUGUUACACCUUAACCCCUUCCGAUGGAAAAGGGAAUCUUUAUCUCAUCAGAGCUUCGUUUAUGUAUGGAAACUACGACGGCAAAAAAGCUUUGCCUGAGUUUGAUCUCUACGUAAACGUGAAUUUCUGGACCACGGUGACAAUCAGAAAUGCUUCUGAGAACGUCAUCAAGGAGAUCCUCAGCUUUGCAGAGUCAGAGACGGUAUACGUUUGCCUUGUGAACAAAGGUAAAGGAACUCCUUUUAUUUCAGCCUUGGAGCUCCGGCCAAUGAACAGCUCAAUCUAUGGUACUGAAUUUGGAAGCAAUGUCUCAUUGGUACUCUAUCAAAGAUUGGACACAGGGUAUUCGAACGGGACAGGACGGUAUCAAAAGGAUGUGUAUGAUCGUAUCUGGUCUCCGUACUCUUCAUCUUCUUGGAAUUCAACUAUGACAACUGGGUAUAUAGAUAUUUUUCAGUCUGGUUAUAGACCACCAGAUGAAGUUAUUAAGACAGCUGCUUCGCCUAAAAGCGAUGACGAACCAUUGGAAUUGUCAUGGACAUCAGAUGAUCCAAAUGCUAGGUUCUAUGCCUACCUUUAUUUUGCGGAACUCGAAAAUCUCAAGAGGAAUGAGAGCAGAAAAAUCAAGAUAUUCUGGAAUGGGUCGCCUGUUUCAGGAGCUUUCAACCCUUCUUCUGAGUAUUCAAUGACUUUGUCUAAUUCGCGAGCUUUUACCGGUAAAGAUCACUGGAUUUCCGUCCAGAGGGCCUCAGAUUCAACACUUCCACCAAUACUUAAUGCUAUCGAGAUUUUUUCAGCCCACUCUCUGGAUGAAGUUUUCACCACAGCUGAUGAUGUUUGUGCCAUAGAAAGCAUAAGAUCAAUGUAUAAAGUGCAAAAGGCUUGGAGUGGUGAUCCCUGCUCCCCAAGAUUAUUCCCUUGGGAAGGUGUUGGAUGCAGCUACAGCAGUUCUAAUCAUCAAAUCAAGUCCCUGAAUCUUAGCUCAAGCGGAUUACAUGGACUAAUAGCUUUCCCAUUUAGAAAUUUCACCCUUCUUGAGUCAUUAGACUUAUCAAACAACAACCUAAAAGGAAUUGUGCCGGACUUUUUGGCUGAUCUUAAACUCUUGAAGUACCUGAAUUUGAAAGGAAAUAAUUUGAGUGGGUUUGUCCCAAGAUCUCUUAGAAAAAGAUCAAUGUCUGGUGGACUUGUACUCGGUGUGGAUGAACAUAACAUCUGUCACUCACGUUCAUGUCGGGACGGGAACAGAAUGGUCGUGCCAAUAGUUGUAUCCACAUUAGUGAUCGUUCUCAUUGCCGCCUUGGUUGUCAUAUGCAUCUUGAGAAGAGAGAGAAAAAUAGGCGGAGCUUCUUUUGACAGUCCAUCACAGGAACUUAGCCUCUGCUUAGCCGCCGAGCUGGCUCGCGAGAGAAAGAGCCAUCAGGAGAAGGAAGUAGUGAAAGAGAAGAACACUAAGUCGCCGAUUCGGAAUUAUAGCAGCAAUGAAUAUAUUAGCUCGACGGGAUCAGUUUCGCUUUCUUUUGGAGAUUACAACACGUUUGGCCCAACGGCAAGAAAAUUUGUAACCGCGAAA